AUGCGCCAUGAAGGCUUUAGAGGUUUCUACAGAGGUUUUGGUACUUCUCUAAUGGGAACAAUCCCAGCUAGAGCGCUUUACAUGACAGCCCUUGAAGUUACCAAGAGUAACGUUGGGACAGUCACUAGUUGCAGUAAUAGUAGUAGUAAUGUUAAAAACUCUAUUCCUAGUGUUAGUAGCUAUAGUUACACUUACAUCAAUGGUUUAGAUGCUUUUAGGAAAAUCAUGUACUCAGAUGGCUUUAGAGGAUUAUAUAGAGGUUUUGGGAUAUCUAUAUUGACAUAUGCACUAUCUAAUGCUGUUUGGUGGGCUUCAUAUUCUGUUGCACACAGGCCUAAUUGGGGUGGUUUUGGUUGUUAUAUGGGGAAGAAGAAGAAAGAGGAGAAUGAUUUAAUUUUAAUUCAUGGUUGUAAUACUCAAUAA